AUGGCAGCACUAAACCUCCAUCUCCAAUCACUCCUUCAUGAGGAAAUAAGUAUGGUCGAAGAGAAAACGGUUCAAAUCCUUAACAAUUUCCUCCAGCGGGCUAGUGCAGUGCCCGCCCAAGUUGCUGCGUGGAAAAUGUACAAGCUCACCCCAGAAUGCCUGGAGAAAGGACAAAGUGAGAAACUAGACCUCGAGACUUUCCUCUGGCAGGUGUGGGAUAUUUUUAUCCAAGUUGCUUGGCGGAUUCCUUAUAACCAUCCCUUUCAAGACCAUAUGGCAAACCUGGUCGAAUCUCUAGCCUCAUUGCCCCCGCUCACCGUAAACAUUUGGCAGACUAGCACAUGUCUCUGGACUGAUUUGCCCCUUCUAGGCCCUAGCAUGAGGGAGGCGUGGAUUUCUCCGACAUAUGAGGGCAGAAUACCAACUAUUGAGGAAGCGCAGUCGUGGAUUAACCUCAAUUCAUUCGCGGCCCGACUCCUUAAACUUAAUAUGACUUUGUGGACUGUGUUUGCUGUGUGGGAACUUCGUGAAGCGCUUGAGGAGCCUUGUGAGGGGUCCAGGCUCGAUUGCAAUGUUCGGGUAGCUGCACAAUGGAUCACACAUGGUGCUAGCUCCCUCUACAGAAAAGCUGACAAGCGGAUACAGGAUAAUAGGGUCAUUGCAAAUGGGUCUCUAUAUAAGGGUGAUAAUACGCUAUGUUUUGAACGGUGGAAAUUUUGUAAGGAUUGUUUCGGCAUAAUUGGUGGUUCAGCUGAGGGAAUAACAAAGCAGAUGGCAUUGGAAGCUAAAGCGAAGAUGGAGUUGGCUGAGCAGGCCAGUAAUGCUUAG